CACACUGUCCGCUUUGAAGAGCUACCUGGCUGUUAUCCAGGAAUUUAGUCAUCUCUACCUUUCCCCUUUAUAUUGCCAUCUUAUUCCCUUCUACCUCUUGCAAAGUAAUCAUACCCCUCCUCUCAAUCUUCCGUACAUCCUCCACCUACACGUCAAAAGAUGGCCGAUGGUCAGGGAGCUGUUGCUCAGCUCCUAGAGGCGAGCUUGGAUCCUAGGCAAAAUAAACAAGCCGAGCUUGCUCUCCGUCAAGAAGAAGUAAAACCUGGCUUUUCUUUACAGCUCCUCCAGAUUACGGCUUCAACAUCCUACCCAUACAAUACCCGCCUUGCUAGCGCGUUGUUUUUCAAAAACUUCAUCAGACGAAACUGGACAGAUGAAGAUGGGAACUAUAAGCUUCAGCUUGAGGAGGUAGCCACCAUCAAAAGCGAGCUGAUCAGCUUGAUGAUUUCUGUUCCUGCGGGCAUACAAUCACAAUUAGGCGAAGCCGUCAGCACUAUUGCAGCCAGUGAUUUCUGGGAGCGGUGGGAUACCCUGGUAGAUGAUCUCGUCUCGAGACUUCAACCUUCAAAUCCCACGGUCAACAUUGGUGUGUUGCAAGUAGCACAUUCAAUUUUUAAGAGGUGGAGACCUCUCUUUCGUUCCGACGCAUUGUACACAGAGAUCAACCAUGUUCUGGAGAGGUUUGGUACACCGUUCCUGGGUCUUCUCGAGGGUCUGGAUGCGUUUCUCGAGGAAAACAAAGCAAACAAGGAAAACCUUAUGCAGGGGUUCGUACAGCUUAACCUGAUGAUGAAAUUGCUGUACGACCUCUCAUGUCAAGAUCUUCCUCCUGUGUUCGAGGAUAACCUUUCCGGAGUAGCUUCCUUGUUGCUGAAGUAUUUGACAUAUGACAAUCAACUGCUCCACACGGAUGAUGAGAGCGAAUCCGGUCAAUUGGAGUAUGUCAGGGCUGGAAUAUUUGAGGUCUUGGCUCUUUAUGCGCAAAAGUACAUGGACGUUUUCCAGCCGCAUAUUGGACAAUUUGUGGAGAGUUCUUGGACAUUGUUGACUACGAUUGGUCCCGAGACAAAAUACGACAUUCUCGUCAGCAGGGCGCUGCAGUUUCUGACAUCAAUUGCAAGCAUGCCCGAACAUGCGUCUGCUUUCGAAUCGGAAGCAGUGCUAAGUCAAGUUGUUGAGAAAGUCAUUCUUCCAAACGUGAGCCUACGGGAGUCCGACGAAGAGCUGUUUGAAGAUGAACCGAUCGAGUUCAUCCGUCGUGAUCUUGAAGGUUCGGAUAGCGAUACCAGACGGCGAGCUGCUACUGAUUUCUUGAGGCGGCUGGCUGAAAAAUUCGAGGCAUCCGUAACCAAGGUCGUCCUUCAAUACACCGAACAUUAUCUCACUGAAUAUGCGAAGAACCCAGGCGCAAAUUGGAAGUCCAAGGAUACGGCUACUUACCUCUUUUCGGCCAUUGCAGCCAAAGGUGUUGCCACAGCCAGCCACGGAGUCACUAUGAUCAACCCACUGGUCAGUAUUCCGGAUUUCUUUCAGAAAUAUCUUGUUGCGGAUCUGGUGGCCCAAGAUGGGUUGCACCCGAUUCUGAAGGUGGAUGCUAUCAAGUAUCUCUAUACAUUCCGUAGCAUUAUCACGAAGGAGCUGUGGCAACAAGUUCUUCCAUUACUAGUGCAGCAUCUUGCGUCUACAAAAUUUGUUGUCUAUACAUACGCCGGUAUCGCAGUUGAAAGGGCACUUUUUAUCACCGACGAGCAAGGGCAGCCAGUCAUUCCAACCAGCACAAUUCUGCCAUUGGCUAAAGAUCUCUUGGAGCACAUAUUCCAGCUGAUCCAGAGAGAUCCAGAGCCUCAGAAAGUUCAGGAAAAUGAGUUCCUGAUGAGAUGCGUCAUGAGGGUUCUCAUAGUCAUCAAGGAAGGCGUGGUUCCCUACACGGAUAGCGUCCUUCACCAUUUGAUCAACAUCACCAAGAUCAGUAGUGCCAACCCCAGCAAUCCAAGGUUUUACUAUUUCCACUUUGAAGCUGUUGGCGCUUUUAUCCGGUACGCAGCGCCUGCUAACCCCGAUAAACUCGAGCAAGCUCUCUAUGCUCCCUUUGCGGAAAUUCUCCAAGCCGAUGUGCAAGAAUUCAUGCCAUACAUCUUCCAACUCUUCGCGGCUCUCCUCGAGGCGAACCCAUCGGGAACGCUACCUCCCUACUAUCAGAAUCUGAUUGCCCCAAUCAUUAUGCCUGUGAUGUGGGAAUCGAAAGGCAAUGUCCCUGCUCUCGUGCGUCUGUUGUCCUCCAUCAUACACCGUGGCUCGGAGUACAUUAUGCAGAACAACCAAAUCGAGCCUAUACUGGGCAUUUUCCAGAAAUUGCUAUCGACUAAGACGAAUGAAAGUUAUGGAUUUGAUCUUUUGGAGAGUGUUGUUACCAGCUUCCCACGGACGGCCCUAGAGCAGUACUUUAUCUCGAUUAUGCAGAUUAUUCUUACCCGCCUCCAGAACUCCCGGACGGAGACCCUCACUCUGCGAUUUGUCCGCUUCUAUCACUUUGUCUCGGCGCGGAAUGAUAAAGGGUACAGCGCAGACUUUGUCAUUCAAGUCACGGACAAGGUGCAAGAAGGGCUUUUCACUCCCAUCUACCUCAACUUCAUCCUUCCCGAGACGCAGAAGCUUGCUAGGCCGUUCGAUCGCAAAACCGCAGUGGUAUCCUUCACUAAGACACUUGCAAACUCGGAAGCUUUCGCGAACCGGUACAAGAAGGGAUGGGGCUUCACUUGUGAAGCACUCCUGAAAGUGCUGGAACUUCCUCCAGUCCCGACAAGCAAGGAUGAUAUCAUUGCGGAGCACGACGUUGAAGACAUGGCGUUCGGGGUUGGUUUCACCGCGUUGAACACUAUACGGCCGCAGACAAAGGAUCCAUGGCCGGAGACGGGUGCCGAUCUCAAGGUAUGGGUCGGCAGGUACCUGAAAGAAGCGGACAAGACACACGGAGGACGGAUUUCUGGAUUUGUGCAGGAACGGUUAGGGGCCGAGGCGAGAACAGUGCUGAGCAGCUACAUCACGGCAUGAGCAUGUUGGUGGGCGUUUGAUGGUCUCCUGUCGUGUGUCUAAUAAGAAUAAAAGAAAAGUGUUUAAUAUCUGUUGGAUCGAUCUACAUUGGAAAAGGGGUCUUGCUCCGUCUUACACCAGCGACUAGAUGAUCUGAAUAACAAUUCUGGAUGUUAUUCUCAUUUCACCAUGUAGAAUAGUUCUUGCGAUGGGACUGAGAUACCUAUACAUUCCCAGAACCUUUCUGGUCUGGUUGUCCGCCCAGUAUAUCCCGCCGUCGCUGUUCCUGUCCUAGCUCUUGCCCAUUCCCUUUUUGUUCUUGUUCUUGUUCUUCAUCCCCGUCUACUUCCUCUCCUUCUUCCAGUCCACGACCCUGAUCUCUCGCUUCCAACUCGCGAUACUUCCUCCGACUCUUCUUUAUCUUACUCGCCUUCUUCUUUCUGGCCCUCUCGGCUUUAAUGGCGGCUCGACUCUGAUCACCUCUCAGGGCAACCUCAACCUUAUCUGCCAGAAGCUGGCGGGCGAUUUUCUCAUUCUGGGACCGCGAGCGUGUGGCUUGGGAUUUUACUACGAUUCCAGUCGGUUUGUGGAUGAUUUGGACGGCGGAGUUGGUUUUGUUCUAGAUGCGCUCGGGUGGAUUGAGGGUUAGUCAGUUUGGUAGAUAAACAGGUAGAUACCUAAUGUAGAGAGAGAAACUGAGAGGUGGGUUAAGGAUGCAUCGAGAAAGACAUGAUAGAAUAGUGCAUAUGUGCUAAGCUAUAUACGUACGAUCUUCUGCCCCCCCGGGCCUGUGCCCUUGAGAUAGGACACGGUGAUGUCUGCGUCAUCGAUCUUCAAUCGGGGCGGGAGUUGGUGUUUCGCGAGGGCGGGGGUUAGGAAGGAGAACGGGGAGAGAUAUGCUGGGGCUGAGAGUGGGAGUAGUGGGCAUGGCCUUCUUGUGACGACAUGAUUGACGCUGAUUAGGGUAUUUGGCCCGGGGAGAUGGAGGUGGAUGUGCUUCGCAAUGGAGGCUGUGGUAAUGGCCGGGAGGAGCAUUUUGUACUUGGCAGAGCCGCCUGGAUACACCUGCAACUACUCCGUAGUAGAUGGCGGGUGCAGCAAGUAGCUCUGGGCGGUGAGCAGCUCAAAAGACUCCACUGCGAUCCUCGGCUUCAUCGCAAAAGAACAAUGGCAACGCAAGGACGUUAUUCGAUGCCCAGCAGAGAAAUUGAAGACGACAAUAUGGCUCGGCUCUG